AUGGCGGCACUUGAAGAAGCAAUUUCGCCAGGCAGGGCUUUGGAGAUCGUUGGCGGUGGCACUGAUAGCCUCUCAGAAGAAGCUGUACAUGAGCAUUUGCGCGACUCUGCCGUCACCAUCAUUCGACACGAACAGCUCAUGAUGCGUCACCUUGGUAAAGACUUGGAUACAAGCGAUCCACUUCUGUUCUUUUUGUACCAGGUCCAUGGAGCACGAGCAGACCCAGAGGCUAUCAUAGACGUCGGGAUUUUCUCAUCAAAACCAUUCUUGAGCCUUGCAUUCUGGGAUAGCAUCUACUACGCCCUGAUUCUCACGAUCUGCGAGUUGGAAGAGAGUACAAAGGACUUUCACAGUCAAGGAGUCCUGCACAACCACGGAAACACAGGCAACACUCUCGGUCAGCCGUACCUGGUAGACGAUUUCCGACGCCUUCUCACCACCACAUGGCGCCUCCUGACCCACCCAGGCCUCCUCAGCACCCUCGAGACAGCCGUCAGAUACCAACACCUCGCCGAGACCUACCGCAACCUCGACAUUGACCACGACUUCCGUCAAACCUACCUUGAAAUCUGGUCCCAGCACUCGUCUGCAGAGAAGGCCGAAAUGCUGCUUCACACCCCCGGCAUGAUCGACGUUCUCCGCCUCCCACUCCCGCAGAUUCACUCUCACCUCCAACAAAUUUGCGUGGAGAAGAACUUUCUCGCCUGCCUCGAAGAACUCGAUCCCUCUGCGCCCACUUCUUCUCCUCCUCCCCUUUUGGCGGACGGAAACCCUUGUCACUGCCUCCCGAGCUGUACCUGUCGAAUCGUCUGCCAAUUCGAAAUUCAUGCCUGCGACAGUAGCGGCAGCGGCACCAGCGGCAGUAGCGGCGCCAACACCAGAACCAGCGACACCAGUAGUAGCGACAACUCCUUCCGUCUUCCUCCGCCGCCCUCGCCUCGUCUCGGCGGGAGGAUCUACCCCCUUGACUGCUCGGGCCCCUCUGAUCACGGCUCUGCCGGAGCCGGAGGAGCGUGGGUUUGCGAUUUCUCGGGAACAGUAUGCGGCUUUGCCGCUUCCGAGGGGAGAGAGGACUGUGGUUUCUUCUUCUUCUGGUGCUGGUGGGCGGAGGAAGAUGAGUGUUUCUGGUUGGGUGAAGAAGAAGGUUUUGGGGAUGGGGAUGGGGAAGAAGACAGCUCUGCGUCAACCCUCAAGGAUCCGAAUUCGGAAUCUGCAGAGGUUUCGAAGGCGAUGCCGGAAAACCCGACGUGGGAUGUGGACCUGAGGAGCACUUGUACUGCGCGAAUGAAUGGAUCGGAUGCGUUCCUGGAAUUCCUCAGAAUAUGA